CGAGGCAGCGUUAGCAGCCCCCGCCCCUACCGUUUCAUUCAUGUAGCACAACAAACUUUACAGACAGCUUGUUCAGGGAAGAGCACUUGAUUUAUUCUGAGGCAUCAAUCAGCAUCACACACAGAGCCUGGAGCGCACCAGACUGUUUGACUGUGAAAGUGAACAAUCUGAGGUAAAAGACGCGCUGUCAAGAUGUCAAACCCAGGAGGUCGCAGAUUGAAGCAGUGGCUGAUGGAGCAGAUCCAAAGCGCACAGUACUCUGGGCUGCAGUGGGAGGAUGAAAGUCGCACCAUGUUCAGAAUUCCGUGGAAACACGCAGGAAAGCAGGAUUACAACCAAGAAAUUGACGCAUCCAUUUUCAAGGCCUGGGCUGUAUUUAAAGGCAAGUUUAAGGAGGGGGACAAAGCUGAGCCAGCAACAUGGAAGACCAGACUCCGCUGUGCCCUCAACAAAAGUCCUGACUUUGAGGAAGUGACUGAGAGGUCACAGCUGGACAUUUCCGAGCCCUACAAGGUGUAUCGCAUCGUUCCUGAAGAGGAGCAGAAGCAUGGUAAAGUACCAGUGAUGCCAAUGACAGGUACCACCAGCUCUGGUGAUCUCACAGAUAUGGACUGCAGUCCUGCAGAAAUAGAGGAGCUCAUUAAAGAGGAGGAAGGCUGCAGCAUUCAGGCCAGUCCGGAGUAUUGGUCCCAGAGCAGCAUGAAUGCUUUCCCUCUGCAACAGGACCCAAUGCCAUCAGGCAACCUCAGUUCAGCUUUCUCCCAGUUGAUGAUUAGUUUCUACUAUGGAGGGAAGCUGAUGUACAACACAGUGGUAACUCAUCCAGAAGGCUGCCGGAUUUCCCCCCAGCAGCACCUGGGUCAUGGCGCCCCCUACAGUUCAGACAGCAUGCAGAGCGUUCACUUCCCUCGAGCAGAGCUUAUAGAGUAUGACCGGCAGCGUUACGUCACCCGCAAGCUGCUGGGUCAUCUGGAGAGAGGUGUGCUGGUGCGUGCAAACCAAGAAGGUAUCUUCAUCAAAAGGCUGUGCCAGAGCCGCGUCUUCUGGAGUGGGCUGGGGGAUGGGAGCUCCCAGUAUGGCUCCAUGCCUGGGAAACUCCAGAGGGAUUCUGUAGUCAAGAUUUUUGACACAGGAAGGUUUUUUCAAGCUCUACAGCUCUAUCAGGAAGGUCAGAUUCCUGCUCCUGAUCCCUCAGUGACACUGUGUUUUGGAGAGGAACUGAAUGACCUUAGCAGUGCCAAGAGCAAACUGAUCAUUGUGCAGAUCACCAUGGUGAACUGCCAACACAUGCUGGAGUCCCUGAACAUGCGGCGCUCACAGCCUUACAGCAGCAACCCAAACGUGGAGAUGAGUGAUGAUGUGGCCACUGAGCAGAUGGCCCGAAUCUACCAGGACUUGUGCAGCUACAGUGUUCCCCAGAGGCCAGCGUGCUACAGGGACAACAUGCCCAUCACUGCCUGACCAUCUCACCAACAUUCAUUUUGCAACAUAUCAGACAUUUUAUAUAUUUUUCAUGUGCACUGAGAAGGGGAACUGAAAAACAACUGAGGAUAAGAGAGCAUCAUCUAUUCCCUGACAAUUGGACUUUAAAAGCGAUGAUAGUUUAAAAGCUUCCAUUCUAGGUUUGCAUGUAAUUUAGGUCACACCUAUGCAAGGUACAUAGAAACGUUAUCAUUUUAAGACAUUAUAUUACAAACAGGUGGGGAUAAAUACUUCACAUCCCCAAAGCUUCAUUGGCACCAGGUUUAUAUAACUAGGCAGUUGAGUUUUUAAGCUGAAUAUUUCUCGUCGUCGUUUUUAUAGUUUUAGAAUUUCAGAUGAUUUUUUUUUUGUGUGUUGAAGUAAAACGCCGCCAAAUAAUAUUUCAUCGCAUCGUAUUUUCUACAGAAAAUGAAAAUAUUUUUUAUAAUAAUUGACAGAAAUUGCACAAUGUUUUGGAUGCAAUGUCGCAUAAAAGUACAGAUAGGUUUUACUAUCAGACAGUUAUUUGAGUGAACUGUAUUUUAAAUAAAGAUUUUUACUGAAAUUGA